AGAAGCCAUGGUGUCCUACAUCACAGACUGCAUUGAAAAGCCCAUACGAAUGUGUUUCGAAAGUCUCGGCAAGUUCGUAGGGCUUCACCCGUGGUGGUUUGUCACUUUACCGCUGGCGGUGUCCGCAGGUCUCGGAGGAGGAUUUUACUUUCUGAACGACCUGAAGUCCAACGACAUAGUCGAGCAGUUUACUCCGAAAAACGGCCGCGCUAAAGCGGAGAGGCGUUUCUUUCAAGAAACGUUUCCACAAAUUGACUCGCAGUUUUCAAUUAUACGAUUAAACACUGACGGGGUUUUUGCCUCUUUGAUAUUCUCCUGUCAGACAAACGUACUCAGUGUUGCCGCACUAGAGGAGGUCAUUCGCAUCGAUGGACAAGUUAGAGGAAUCACCGCAACGCACGACGCACAGACGUUUGUGUUCUCUGAUAUUUGCGCAACUGUGAAUGGAACAUGCAACUCUAAUGUAAUGCUUGAUGUUCUACACUAUAAUGCCAGCUACAUUCAUUUGGUCAACAUAACGUUUCCUGAGUACUGUCCGUCCGAAUUCAAAUGUCUCCACAUGGGAAAUGUCAUCAGUAAGGUGGAGGUGGAUCACAAUGGAGUUGUUCGAAGUGCCAAAGCAAUGAGACUUUUCUAUUACCUGAAAGAGAGCAAUAAUACACUGGGAGAUGUCUGGCUUCAAGAGUUGAUAGACUUGCUCUCGAAUGUAACGACCUCUGUAACAGAAAUCUCCUAUUUCACCUCCAUGUCAAGACAAAAGGAGUUUGAGAAGAGUACUCUAUCUGUCACUGAACUUUUUGCAAUUACUUACUUUCUUGCCAUCUCAUUUUCAAUAAUAUCUUGCCUGAGGUUUGACAAUGUGAGGAAUAAAGCGUGGGUGGCUUCUCUUGGAGUUUUUUCCACCGCACAAGCAGUGCUGUCCAGCUUCGGGCUGCUGUUACUCAUGAAUGUGCCAUUUGUUAUCACUGUGGCAUCUUCUCCAUUCCUGAUUCUUGGAAUCGGUAUCGAUGACAUGUUUAUCAUGAUUUCCAGCUGGCAACGAACCAACAUUCAAGACACAGUGCCAGACCGCAUGGCUGAUACCUACCGCGAGGCAGCCAUUUCCAUUACUAUCACCACCCUGACUGACGUGCUGGCCUUCUACCUCAGCUACGGGAACCCCUUUGGAUCCGUUCAGUCUUUCUGUCUGUAUGCGGGGACGGCCAUCUUAUUCUGCUACUUCUAUAACAUCACUUUCUUUGGAGCUUGUCUGGCCCUGAAUGGCAGAAGGGAGGGGGCGAACAGACACUGGUUGACUUGCAUCAAGGUCCCAGACGAGGUCCCACCAGGACGGUCCAGAGCGUACACUGUCUGCUGUGUCGGAGGAUCUUACAACCAUGACACAGGAACCGAGGAAGAGCACCCAAUGACAUUGUUCUUCAGGAAGUACUAUGGCCCAUUUUUGACAACAAUUUGGAGUAAAGCAAUAGUAGUUUUUUUCUACUUAGUCUACAUUGCUGUUAGUGUAUAUGGCUGCCUGCAGCUUAAGGAAGGCAUUGAUCUCAAGAACCUAGCACUUGAUACGUCCUACAUCGUCCAAUACUAUGAGGCCGAGAAGACACACUUUCGUUAUAAUGGUCCAAAUGUAAUGUUAGCCGUCAACGGCACAUUUCCAUAUUGGGAGGAGAAUGAACGUAAUCAACUUGAGUCCUGUAUUCUGCUAUUCCAGGAGCUGGAUUCUGUCAAGAACUUGUCGACAUCUUGGCUUCAUUCCUAUGAAAAGUAUGCAGAGCAACACGGAAGUAACAUCAGCACAGAAGCUACAUUUAAAACACUUCUGUAUCAGUUUCUGGACCACCAUCCAAUGCUCAAACAGGAUGUCAACAUAACCAAUGACAACAUAGUUGCGUCACGCCUGUUUCUUCAGACAAUUGUUCAGAACUCCACGGAGAAGAACAUGUUGAACUCGCUACGGAAGACAGCAGAGAGCUGCCCGUGUCCGUUGGUGGUCUACCAUCCGGCCUUCAUAUACCACGAUCAGUACACUGUAAUUGGGCAUGUCACUCUUCAGACCAUCACAAUGGCGACCGCAGUAAUGCUGGCUAUCUCUCUUGUGUUGAUUCCGAAUCCUCUUUGCGCCUUGUGGGUGGCCUUCGCCAUCGCUUCAGUCAUUUUGGGAGUCACCGGCUUCAUGGCUCUGUUAAACAUUAGCCUCGAUUCAAUCUCCAUGAUUAACUUGGUCAUCAGCAUCGGCUUCUCCGUGGACUUCUCCGCUCACAUCUCCUACACGUUUGUGUCCAGUACUAAGCCCGACGUGAACGAGAGAGUUGUGGAGGCACUGACGCACCUGGGCUACCCCAUACUUCAAGGGGCUCUUUCUACAAUUGUGGGUGUGGUGGUACUUUCAGCUUCAAGUAGCUACAUAUUCAGGACGCUCUUCACCAUCGUCAUGCUAGUCAUUGCUUUCGGGCUGCUUCAUGGUAUUGCUUUCAUUCCAGUUUUUCUAACUUUCUUUGGAUUUUGCCACAAGUUGCGGCAGCACUGA